AUGAAGCUCGAGCAGACUAUUCUCGCCACGGCUCUCUUCGCCGUCGGCGCCCUGGCCAAGUGCGAGAAUGUGAUUGUUCCCGCUUACCAGGCUCCUACCCUCGCCAAUGGCUGGCAAGGUCAGCUCGUCGGUAACGGGUUCAAGAAGCCGCGCACGCUGCAUUUUGACAGCGAGGGAAACCUCAUCAUCCUCGAUGCGGGUGUCGGUGUCCGACGCGUCAAAUUCACCGACAACGGCGAUACAUGUCUUGAGAUCUCGGAGAACAAGCUGCUCGUGGACAACAAGGAUUUGAAUCACGGCCUUGCCUUCUCCGGUGACGGUAGCACCCUCUACGCCUCCACCGAGGCGGUUGUGUUGGCCUGGGACUACGACGCCAAGGCCGGUACCGUUUCGUCCUCGCCCCGCACCGUGAUCAAGGGCAUGUCCAGCAACGACCACCUCACCCGCACCCUGAUGAUGUCCAAGAAGUCGGACGGCUACCUGACGGUAUCCCGCGGCUCGGGCGAGAACUUUGACGUCGACGCCGAGGACCCUUCCACCGGCGUCUCCCAGAUCCGCGUCUUUGACCUCAACAAGCUCUCCGACGGGGCCUCGUACGACUUUACCUCGGGCCGGCUGCUGGGCUGGGGCCUGCGCAACUCGGUCGGCGUGGCCGAGGACCCCAACUCGGGCCUCAUCUAUUCGGUCGAGACCUCGGUCGACUCGGCGACCAGGAACGGCACCAACAUCGAGAAGAACAACCCCGGCGAGGAGCUCAACAUGCACAGCAGGGCGUCCGAUACGAGCACGGGCGGCAACUACGGGUACCCCUACUGCUACCCCAUCUGGGACACGGACGUGCCCGACAACGAGGGCCUCCGCACCGGCGACCUCUUCAGCGUCGACGAGAACCACAUCACCGAUGAGCAGUGCGAGGAGCAGACGGUCGAGCCCCGUCUUGUAUUCCCCGCCCAUACUUCGCCCUUGAACCUCGUCUUUAACAGCGACGGUACCACCCUCUACGUUUCCUUCCGCGGAAGCUUCAACCCCAAGAACCCCGUCGGCUACAUGGUCUCCUCCGUCGCCUUCUCCAACGGCCAGCCCAGCGCCUCCGUCUCCGCCAACGACGCCCUCACCGAGAUCUUCUCCAACCCCAACCACGACGCCUGCCCCGAGGGCUGCUUCCGCCCCGUCGGCCUCGCCUUCGACGCCCAGGGCCGCCUGUGGGUCUCGGCCGACAGCACCGGCGAGAUCUACGUCCUCAAGAAGCUCACCGACGCCACCGCCCCCGGCGCCUUCAUCUCAAGCCCGACGAGAGCGGUGCGAGCCACACUACGAGCUUUGGCCUCCAGGGCGCUUUGGUCGGUGUGGCUGCCUUUGCCGUGGCGGCGCUGA